AUGGGGAAAGUCGCCGAAACUGAAAGGGAAAAAGGCAACCUAAUGUAAAACAAAUCUGCCCCGAGACUGAAGGUAGCCUCCCCAAAAGGGCCUGGCUGUCAGGACACGUAACGGUAUACCUAACCGUAGCCUCAAAAGUAAACCUAAUCUUUAACCUUAUCACAGGCUUAACGCUAACCCUAAGCUUAACACUAAAUCUACAAGAAAUCCUGGCCCUAACAUUAACCGUAACCCCAUCCUAACCCUGACAUUAACCCUAGCCUCAAACAUAACACUAGACGUUAACCUAAACCGCAAUACAAUAGUUAACCGUUCUUGUAUAUAGACCAGAAAUGUGACGACGAGCUGGGGAGCCAGUCUCAAAAAUCUAAGCAAUAAAGAGUAUUUCGUUCCCAAAGAAUCUUGUCUAUUUCAUAUGCAUACAGUGAGUGCCCGAUCUCAUGAAAUGUUGGCUGAAAAAUGCAUGCUUCAUAUGUGGUCUUUUUUACAGAGUGUGGUUUCUACAGAAGAUUAAAAAGCGAUGCAUUCAAAAGUUCAUAUCCUGCCGAGUCCGAAAUGCUAUGGGACUAUGCCGCAUGCAAAUUAAUAUUACAACCGCGCGUAAUUACAAAUUCUCGAUCAAAAACGCAUUCCAGAAUUUCAGCCAACAUUUUAUGAUUGGGCACUUACUGCAGGUAUAAUCCUUCUUUGAGUAUAAAUAAUGAAAAUGACAACAUUUUCUAUUAAACGACUGACAGAAAGCAUAUUGUUGUUCGCGGUUUUUCUAAACUAUAUUUGAAUUUGCAAGACGAUCGAAGAUCAAUGGGAAAAUUCAUACUACAUGAAUAGUCAUUUUUUACCAAAUACGGCUUCUAUAGGACACUUAAAAGUUGUGUAUUGAAAAGCAGACUUCCUGCCAAGUCUGAAAUAUUAUUGGACAAUACACCAAGCUAAUCAAUAUUAUUUUCCCGCCUAAGUAAUCCUUCCUAAUUAAAAAGGCAUUUCCGAAUUUUAGCCAAAAUUUCGUGAGAUCGGUCACUGACUGUAUAUGCAGACAAGUGGGUGCCGAGAAAGACAAGUGAAUUUGCGAUAAUUAUUUACUUAAGAUGUGACUUAUAAAUCACUAAAGCUUACAAUAAAGCAAACAAACAUUCCCGAAACCUCUUUUGUAAUUCCUCUCCUCUUGUUUAGUUGCUUGUCUCAAAAAGGAUUUCGUCCUUCCUAAUAAUCCUUUUGGCCCACUUUAAUUUGAAGGGUUUUGCGGGACUGGUCAAAGGAAGAAAUUGUUUUGAACCCUCUGACAGCCAUUAGCGACCACUACCUCAACCUGGUGUCACGUAUCUGGUCACCCCUGUUGCUAACAAGAAGCCUUCAUCGAAUUUAUGCAAUUGAUCGCGCAGCCGAGGAGUUGGGCUUCCACUACCCCACUGGCGACCUCAUGCCAACGAAAAAGCCCGAUCAUUCGGCAGGCAGUGGCUUUGCUCCCAAACCUCCUAUGCCCUUCAAUCCGCCUCUGUUUUGGACUCGAUCCCCUUUCGUACUUGGCAUGCAUCCCAGGGAGGACUGGGGAACAAUUAUCCAGCGGCUUGCCGGUGACAUACUCUACGAUUGCAUGGAAGUCAAUCGGCUAGAAGGUGAGGCUGCUAAAGGUGACCCGUUCUACCUUAGAGGUUACUGGUGCAUACAGACUGUGCAAAAUUUGGAAGUUAUUUGGUGUUACCCACCCGCACGGCGCAUCAGGAAAAAGAAAUGCUUAGACGUGAUUAUAUGGAGGGUUUCCAGUGGGAUCUUAUUUUCUAGCCGUACGUGCAGUAGACAAGCCCAAGUCUGAUCCCUAAACCUUUAUCCCUAAACCCAUACUUCCUAUCUCAAACUUUAACCCCAAACAGGUACGCCUACGAAAUUAGAUCUUGCCGAAUUUCCAAAUGACUUAAUAAUGUUAUCCUGGAGACUGGACUUAACUCAGUUUGCUAAGACUAGAACAGUAACAGGCCAACUGGGUUUUCCUGAGAAUUUCUAGAAAGUAUAAGUCACUAUUCUUCUUCCUCCGGCAGAUGUUAUCAUCGCGUUCGGCCGACGAAGCACUGUGGUUUCAUUGUCGGUUUGGCGUGAAAUCAUGAUGAUACGUGAGGGUUUCCAGAUGAGUGAAUAAUUUUAGCUUGGAAACCGGACUUGACCAAUUUUACUAGGGCUAGAGGAGAAACAAGCGAGUUGGACUUUCAUGAAAAUUUAAAGGGACUUAGCAUCGUUAUUCGGCUUCUCUGGCUAGAUGCUAUCAUCAAGUUUGGGCAUAUGAGACCUCGCGUCUCUACUAGUUUUUUGGUGUGAACUCAUGGAGAUACAGUAAAUGGGCUAACUCAUGAAAUGUCAACCGAAGUUGCGAAAUGCAUUUCCGUUUCAAAAAGAUUUAUCAGGUAGGGUUAUAAAACUAAUCAGCAUGCAACAUAAUUCUAUAAUAAUUCAUUUAUCGCAGGAUUCCGGCUUUCGAACGAACGUCUUUCCGUCUGCAUGUAAAAACUAUACUCUGUAGGAAAUGACUAGUUAAAUGGCGUGCACUUUUCUCAUUGAUUUUCGAUGCGCUUAACAGUUCAAUUAUAUUUCGCGGAAAACACGCAUAAAAAUAUUCAUUUUCUUACUUAUUUGGUAGAAAAUGACGUCAUCCUCCAGUUUUGUGCUUGAAGGAAGGGUAUAAUUCGGUUUUUAAACACUUUUCAAUUUCCGAAUAAUUUUGAACCCGACUUGCCGUUACACUUGCAUUCAGGGUUUCCAAGCUGCAAGCCGUCUAUUGUCCGCGUACGGAAAACCAUACAUUUCUGUACGGUAUUAAGAAGAGACCACAGAGGGUUCAGAAAAUUAAGCAGAAAAUUUGAGCCAUAUUGUUGACUUUACAAGGCACACUGUUAACUGCACAGACAUGACGUUUUAUGGACGGUCAUAUCACGGUAUUAAACAAUUUCACAAUUGAAAAGUCAAGUUGGCGAACGCACGUUUUCGGUAAUUCUUCCUCAGGCCAAUACAAUUACAUGAAACGAAUGAAAAUGUACAAAAUCAACAGUGUUUAUAGAUGCCUCAAGGGCUAUUAAGUCACUAACACUCAUCAUCCCCACGCCGCCCGCAUGAGAAGGUCGGCGGGUGUUAGUCGUCGGGGCUAGGGGAGGGGGGUAAGAGAGUCUUUGAGUAAUGAUCUUGGGUUGAGUACACGGAGUACCCAUCAUCGUGAUUAGGGAUUUGAGGCGGCAUGGCUUCAUCACUUGGGGUUGGUGUUGGCGUUGGCCACGGCAGCGAAAGCGCUUGUGUCAGAGUUUUCUGACAGCAUAACACCGGAUUCACUAACCGUAUAGCUACUGCCUCUGCCGUUGCUAGUAUCCGUUGGCGUAGGCCUUUAGAGAAGCAUGUUGGUGUCCGGUAGACACCAACACCAACAAUUGAAAACUUUUUAAAACCGAAUUAUGCCGUUUUUUCGAGUAUAAAAUUAGAAACAGACGUCAGUUUCUAGGGGUUGUGUAAAAGAAUAAAUAUUUUUAUGCAUUUUUCCCGUGAAACAUAAUUGAAUUUUUUGGGGCAUUGAAAAUAAAUGAUAAAAAUGCAUGCCACUUAAGCAGUCAUUUUACACAGAGUACUGUUUUUGCAUGCAGCCGGAGAGAAGUUCGCUCGAAAGCCAGCAUCUCUAGAUAACUGAUUUAUUAAAUAAUUAUGCUGUACGAUGAUUGGUUUUACAACUCCACUAAAUUGGCCUAUUUGAAACAAAAAUGCAUUUUGAAAUUUCGGUUGACAUUUCAUGAGUUAGCCUACCUACUGCACGCGAGUAUCACUCCCCAGAGGCCAAAUACUCAACUGAACAUGGAUAAUGAAAUGUAAUAUGAUCGAUGUGUGUCAUCAGCGAAGUUGGCCCCCGUUAGAUGUCCAAACCCGAUACUUAAACUCAAGUCCAGUUGCCCAUCGAGCCCACUCUUUGCCACUGAAUCCAGAAGGAACGCAUACCUCGUUUGCUAAUAUGAGAAUUUUUCAGGGACAAAGAAUACCGGCACACAUUGUGCUUUGGAGUUCACGUCAGGACACCAGGCAGGCAGUUACAGUGAUGUUAAUGCUACCGAAAUGCAUCAAGGUGAGAACUCACAAUGUUCUCUGACCCGGCAUAAUGUCGAACACGUCUGCGCAUGUUCCGUCACCGGUUCGAUUUUACCUUAAAACGGUCCUGCUGAUUUCAUAGUUUUGCGCGUUCACAUGUGAUGGACAAAAACAGAGGUCAGACUGGCUCACAGCAGGCGCAUAUGCUCAUAACUACUGCCAUAAUCACGCGUUUGUGGCAUGUCCUAGUCAUGGUGUCAAAUCCACUCAGCAACUGUCUGAGAGUCACAGACGGUAAAACAUCCCCACGGCGGAUCGGUAUCUUCCUCCAAACACCAAAUCUGACACAACAGGCAGGGCUUAAUGACGUGGUUGUGACAUUCACGCGUAUAAAGUGAGCGCCACCCUCGGAAAACCUUCCGGAAUACCAGCUCUCAGGACAUCUUCAGGUUUUCGCGUGUUCUUGGUCUCAGAUGAUAAAGCAUUUAUUCUGAAAUUUAACUGACAUUGAUCCACGAGGGAAGUUUCGUUCUUAUGAUCAGUACUCACGUGACUAACAUCCUGCCUGCGACGGUAGGGGGGGGGGGUGCAGCGCUGCAUUCGGGGAGCGCUAGAGCGUUUAUAAAGUUCUGCAGCUGUAACCACCCGAAGUGUGCUUCGCCAGUGAUCGCGGGCAUGUUUACUAAGCGUAUAAACAUUGACGUUUGGUAAAAACAUAAACGGUCGGAAUAAACUUUGUUUACAGGUAGAUGAAUCAGCUCGCCAGUGUCCACUCAGUCCAGUUCGACCACCGAUUUCGACGAUAUACACCUUGUGCUCCCUAGCAGGGUAAUAGCAGGACAGUGGCUUGUGCGUGAGUUAGUACGCAGUGGCGGUAGACUUGCUACGCGCCUAUCGCAGCUCCUUCCCUGUUUGCAGCCGGUGGAAGAGUAAAAAAGACCAAAAGACGGGGAAAGGCACAGGUGGAUGGCACAGUGUGAACCCGCACAUAGGCGUACCACCACGCCCUCUGGUCCUCAACGGACCCUGACUAAUAUCUCAUACCACGACAAGAGUGGGGGGGGGGGUGGCACAGAUCCCUAGGGGCGCGGCGUGAGUCGUCACCUGUGCUUGCCACCACACCCUAGGGCCGGUGCUAAGAAAGAGUAAAAAAACCGAAGACGCGGAAAGGCACAGAUUGAUGGCACAGUGUGAACGCGCACAUACAGUGCGUGACCUAUCUCAUAAAAUGUUGGCUGAAAUGCGUUUUCGAUUAGGAAGGAUUACUUGGUCGCGGUUGUGAUACCGAUUAUCUUAAGGCAUGCUCUUAUAACAUUUUGGACUUGGCAGGAUGUCGGCUUUUAAAUGCACUUCUUUUCAAUUUCCUGUAAAAAGCGUGCUCGGUAAAAAAUGACUACUUAAGUAGCCUGCAUUUUUUCUCAUUGAUUUUCGAUGGUCUUGGAAAUUCAAUCAAUCAAUAGAGAAUUACGUCUAAUUUAUAUUUUCUACUUGAGAAAGGAGUUACUUAGGUUUUAAAAAGGUUUCUAAUUAUGAAACUUUUUAAGACCGCGAUAUGUCCAUUCAGAUAGCAUCGUACCUGGCCGUUUACCACUGCUCCUCAUGAAAUGUACAACAUGGUCCCCAUCCAUUGCAAAAUUGUAUGGACCCUGUAUGAUAUCUAUUUAAUGACAGAAAAAUAUGGGAUUUUCUUUACGCGGAACGCAUGCACCUUGUACAGUGUAAUCACUAAGCGCUAAUGCAACGAAGAAUCAGGCUCCAAAUUUUUCGGCAAUUAGAAAAAUUUUUUAAAACCUAAUUAUACUCAUUUCCUAAUUAUAAAAUAUAAAGAAGACGUGAUUCUCUAUUGAUUGACUAAAAGAAAGCCUAUUUUGUUUAUGGUUUCUAUAAAAUAUCUUUGAAUUAGCAAGACCAUCGAAAAUCAUUGGGAAAAAUGCACGCUACUUAUGUAGUUGUCUUUCACCAAGCAAAUUUUCUACAGAAGAUUGAAAAGAAAUGCAUUUAAAAGCCGACAUCCUGCCACGUCCAAAAUGUUAUAAGAAUAUGCCUUAUGAUAACCAAUAGCACAACCGUGACCAAGUAAUCCUUCCUAAUCGAAAGCGCAUUUCAGAAUUUCAGCCAACAUUCCAUGAGAUAGGACGCGCACUGUAGGCGUACUAUCACCCCCUGGUCCUCAACGGACACUGACCAAUAUCUCAUACCACGACAAGAGUGGGAGGGGGGUGGCACAGAUCCGUAGGGGCGCGGCUGGAGUCGUCACUUGUGUUUGUCACCACACUCCAGGGCUGAAAUGUGUUAUGGGUGCGCAUUCCGGAUAACUGCUGCCGGACUCCGAUCUGAUCACUGUGAUGGUCCAGCGCAUCUACUGUAUGAUCCGUUUUGGGGCACAACUGCCAUAUACUACUGUCUGACAAGCCUGGCUGUUCGCUCUGCGAGCAAACUUCUGCCUUCUUGAAAGGCGGGAAAACCAGCCACUUUGAGAGUUGCAGAAACUCAGAGUUUGGGAUCACAAUAUAGCUCACUUACGGCGACAAGUACACCCACAUGGACCGACAAUUUCAGUCAAUCUAGCAUUUGCUGAUAUCACUGCAGGCCGUGAUUUACCUCAACCGAAAGUCCGUAUUCCGUCUGACCCCCGGACUACCGUUGAUUUGCGUCCCUUUCUGACCUAAAUGCCUCGCGAGGAGCAAUCAGACGCGUUUCAGCCAAAGAAAUUGGUCGGAAAUAUGUGCUGCUUGCUUGCCUACCAAAGUAACAGCCUCGGCGUGCUUGCCUUGUUCGUAUCGCCUAACUGAACAUCUCUAUUCAACUGUCCAACUCGUGGUUGGUGUCAGGGGUUUGAGGAUUUAGUGCUUCCUGUCUGAGAUUUUUUUGAAGACUACUGCUGGCCACUGACUUCUGACCUUAGAAAGACUAGUUAAACGGUACUCGGGUAAUCAGGCUGAACGUGGAUGGAUAGAGUUCUUCGAGAGAAAAAAACUCGAUCGUCUUAACCUUUUUAAUCGAAGUUGAACAGCAGAUAUGAACCAGAUUGACGAAUAUGUGAAAAGUGUCUAUAUGGAGAGGUCAACUGGAAGCUCUUGAACGAGAUCGAAAUCUCUGUGCAUCAACAAAAUUGCUACUCUUAUGUUUUUUUAGGCAUGAUCAAGCUUGCCAUGUGAAGGCCAGUGCCAUGCAAAGCCAUCUCUUGUGACCACUUGAAUUCUGUACGACAAAAACUGAGCCACGCUGUCUAUCGAGGUUUACUAAAGGGCGACAAUACCGGUCGGCCGGUCUUGUUAAUACUGGUUGGGGGGAACACCGGAUGUUACCGGCAAGAAAACACAGAGACUGUCUGGAAUUAUGCCGAAAGUAUUAUCCUACUCUAUUGUACGAUAACGGAAAUAAGAGUAGCAAUUAAACAAUAAAUAAAAACCAAACAUCAAAAAAUAACGGAUUGCGAGUUAAGAUGUGGGGUAAUGGGAAGUAAUCUUUGCUGGCAGUGUAAUUUCUGCAACAGUCGGCAAAUGUAUGCCAAGGUAAAACCCCAUAUUACACGAUCCACAGUCUACUAUCAGUUGAUUUGGGUCCUUCUCUGUACCGUUGCCGGAUUUACGUAGGCAGCUGGAAAGUAACACUAAUUAAGUAGACGUGUUAUCUGGACGUAACCAACACGAACUACUAUUCAGCUAUAUGCAGAUACGCUGGGGGUUUCUAUCCAUUCCAGUAAAACGACCUCUUUUAUUUGAACUUAUAUUUAGUCGCUGUAAUAUCUCUUUUUUAUAUCGACACAACAUAUUGUUUGCAGUCAUUAUGUUCUAACUUCCGAUGCCUACCAUACAGUCUGUUUUACGGUGGGAAAGGUUUGACCAAUCAGGUUAGAGAGUAUACUUGUUACCUUGCGCCUUGGGAAUCAGUCACCGGCCUCGUAAGCGCUCAAAUAAAUAACAGAAAUUAUGCAGGAAAGUAAUACUGGCAAAGGCUGGGAGAGGAGGUUGCUAGGCGCAACAGGAUGGACAUAUCUCCUGACCUGAUUGAUGGACGCACUCACAAUACUGUUGUCAUUUCCAAUAGCAGUCGACAGGGAGAACGAACCCGUGAAUGCUCAGUGGUACUGCGUUUGACUCGGUAUGUAGUGAGGUACCGUAAUAAUUUACCUUUGACAAUUUAGUCCCGUUUUAUUUGUCCGGAUUGCUUGUUUGAAUGUAACGAAAAACAACAUACCUAAACAACCCGUCUGACUGGCCUGGUUUGCUGUCGCGCUCUGUUGUCAGGUUACUUAACAUUCAGAAUAUCUAUACUAUUAACUGCUCAAUUUUACUUGCUGCCUUUAAGGCUAGGGGCUCGUGAGAUAUAAUUCGUUAGUUCGUAAGGACUUUACCAUUUAGUUCAAGUAAAACUCGAUGAAAAAAUAAUGUAAGCUCGAGUCCCAAAGCGUACAAAUCGGGGACUAAGUGCGGUUGGCUGAGGACGACUGACAAGCCAGAAUUUGUCCUACUCUCCCUUGCUUUGUCAAUAUUCCCUUCUAGCUGUCCACUGUGUUUAGCCGCACUCCAUUUUAGCAAUCAGUGUUUGCAGGGCAUGAUCAGCUCCACAAAGAUCCACCUUCGGUGUUAGCCAGUAUGAAUUAUCUGUCCUCUUGUAGGUCACACGUGCAACAUAGCCCUGACUGGCGGAAGAUCGCUUUUUGGCAUCGAGCUAGCACUCUACAAGAAAAUCAAGGGGCUUCAUAACAGGAAACCCAAUAUUACCCUCUGGUCAGCCAGUGAAUACUUUACUGAGGGCAAUCGCCUCAAUUUAUCCAAACCCUGGGCCCUAACUGAUCUAGAACAUUAUGCCGACCGGACCUAUCGAUUAGAGGACUUUGGACCGCCAAAUCUGACUCGCGGGGAACACUGCAGGCGGUACUCAAAGAAAUUACAAGCCGAAAUCAACAGCGGACAUCCAAUCAAUUGGGUCCUGAUGGGUAUGGGGCCGGACGGUGAGAUUGCAGGACUCAGCAACCAAAGCAGCAGUAGCGAUACCGGCAGCAGCAGCAGCAGUACAGCGGAUCCUGUUCUGUGUCCCGAGAAGAUGCCGCCGGCCAAUCAACCCGGCAUGACUUUCAGUUGGGCCACAAUUGCGCAAGCGCGGAAUCGAGCGGUGUUUAUCGCGGAACAGGCUGUACCGCGGUCUUGGAAGAAGUCAGCCCUCUUUAGGCGCGUCCUCCAGCCCUAUAUGGCUAACCCAGAGGAGAAAAGAUUAAGUUUGACGGAGUGGCUUGCGAGACCGGUAUCGGGCCCAGCUAUUUUGCACUUGGUGGACGCCCCAGUAGACGGUCCGCGCAUUCUACUGUACACCGAGCCAGCCCGACGUGUUAACCGCUCUGAAACGGAUAUGAGUUUUUGA